UGUAACUGAUAUUCAUGUUUUUGGUCAAAAUGAAGAAAAAUUAUUAUAACAUAAAAGUUAAAAGGAGAGAGCUGAAAGCUUGAAAUUAUCCACCUAGUGCCUUAUAAUCCACGCUUCUUUUCUCCCGUCCAAGAACCAGUAUUUAGGGGCUUCAGUUCUUCACCACUACCACCUUUCCCAGUGCAAGCUUUCUGUAGACUGUACAAAUAAUACUAUCUUCAUCUCUUUUUCUCUUCCUUUAGCCAAUUUCUUGCUUCCUUUUUGGCCUUUGAAUUUGCCUUUUAGAUUGGGUUUUCAUUGUUUUCUUCUUGUGAUAAGGAUUGGGUUAUCUUUGGUUUCUUCCUCUAGUAGUUUUACCAUUCAAGGUUUUUAAAGUUAGUUUGUAGUUUGGGUUGUUGAAUUAGAGUUAUAGAAGGAGGAUUUUGGAAUGGAAAACAUUUCUAGCUUUAGAAAUGAAGUUGAAGAGAUGGAGUUGCCUCCAGGAUUUCGAUUCCACCCCACCGAUGAAGAGUUGAUAACUCACUAUCUUUCCAACAAGGUUCUGAAUAGCUGCUUCUGUGCUAUAGCCAUUGGUGAGGUUGACUUGAACAAGUGUGAGCCUUGGGAUUUGCCUAGGAGAGCCAAAAUGGGUGAAAAAGAAUGGUAUUUUUUCUGUGUUAGGGAUAGAAAAUACCCUACUGGUUUGAGAACAAACAGGGCUACCGAAGCCGGUUAUUGGAAAGCCACAGGCAAAGAUAGAGAGAUUUUCAAGGCUAAAACACUUGUUGGAAUGAAGAAAACUUUGGUUUUCUACAAAGGGAGAGCACCCAAAGGAGGAAAAACCAAUUGGGUCAUGCAUGAAUAUCGUUUAGAAGGGAAAUAUUCUACAUACAAUCUUCCCAAAACAGCCAAGAACGAGUGGGUUAUUUGUAGAGUAUUCCAAAAGAGCCUUGGUGGAAAAAAAAUACAUGUUGCGGGAUUUACAAGGUUGAGUUCUUCGGGGAACGAUUUACCUCCUUCGGUAUUGCCUCCAUUAAUGGAUUCCUCACCACACAACAGCGAAGCAAGAACUUUUGCUGGCGAGACAUCUUACGUGACCUCCUUCUCCGAUCCCAUGGAGGAACAGAAAACACCAGAAGAAAUGAUCGAUAGCUUCAACACUGGUUUUCUAGCUUCUUCAUCGUCCUCUCAUAUGUCCCUUACUUCAGUUCUUAUGUCUAAAACCUCUCUGCCAAACCCUGCAUACACCAACCAAAUCAUUCCAAACAUUGAAAACUUGCAAUUCUCAGAUUCUUUUUGGAUGCAAGAUCACUCUAUAUUGAAGACGUUACUCGACAGUCCUGGAUGGCGCUCAAAGCAGAAUUCAAAAGCAGAGUUCUCCCAGGAUUCAGUUAUAUCGAACCCUGAAAUGAUUCAAGAUCCGUCAUCCUUUGCUGGACCAGUAGUAGACUUUGAUUGCCUCUGGACUUACUAAAUUUAGAGAUAAAAAAAAAAAAAAAAAAAAGUCAAGAGCUCAAAAUGAAUUAAAGAUUUUCAAGAAUAUUAUUGUCAUAAAAGUUCAUGUGUGUAUAGGCUGUUGAGUUCACAUUAGUAGGAAAGUAAAGAAAAUGAAUGUGUUGUAAACUAUAAUGCACAAGCUUUAUUUGUUUAUUGAAUGUCUUGGAAUGUUUCAUGUUCUCAAAAA